AACCUGACUGUGGGAGAAGAGGAAGAGGUUAGUAUGUACAUCCCGCAGGAUCAGCAAGAAGCCGCCAUGAAGGCUUGGGAGGCAGAGAAAGACCCUCUGAAACGUCAAGCGUUGGAAGACGAGAAGAAGAUGGAAUGGAAAUUAGCGGUGAUGAGGGAGAAGAAGAGGAGAAUUGACAAGGCAGCGGAGGCGGCAGAGGCCUUGGGAGAGGUGAAGAACAUAGAAACGCAAAUAGCCGCCCAGCCCGAUCUCCCGAAUCAGAUGCGAGUCAUAGCGCGGAGCGUCGCAUGCCUGGCACGGGUUCAGGCAGACCAAUAUGACUUUAGCAGAAGUCAGGACAUAGCUGUGCGCUCGAUACGAUUGGGCUUUCGAGACUUUGCUCGUGAGUUGGUAGGCGCCGUUGGAGUCGAGCAAGUCUUAAUUGCUAUCCACGCACUGAGAGAUGAGGCCGCCAGUUUUGCAAGGUACCUAAUUCGCGCUGCCAACUGUAGUGAUGAUCCCGUUGCGUACUCCUCAUUUACGUCCCUCACCGAAUUUCUGAAGUUGCUACGCGAGCGAUUUGCUGAUAUCGCUCGCGGUGUCAAGGCCUCAGACAAGCUCCAAACCAUCCAUUCUCGUAAAUGGAAGAGUGUCAGGGCACUCAAGGGUACAAUGGAUGAGUUGGUGGCCGUUCCUAACCAUGGGGUCACAGAGGGCCAGUUGGUCAACCUCUUUUACCGGGCUAUGCCCGAAGCCUUUCGAGGGCAGUUCUUCGCGAAGASCGAAGACCCUGCCACCACUUACGAUUCUCGUAGUCGUGAGGUGGUGGCUUUUGAAGCAAAGUCAGUGUCCCUAUCUACCUUCUGGCACAAAGACUUGGACAGGGGUAAGCAAUGGAAAGGCCGCACUAUCUCAGGGCAGGUAAAAACCAAGGAUAGCCUUGUCCUGRCCUUAGAUGAGGGUAGUGUGGAUGAGAUUCCCUACGACCAGAUUGAGUGGGGAUUAGAGGAGGCGGACAGCGGUGUGGGCCAAGGGAGAUCUUACGCUGCUGUCGCGGCUGGAGGGAGGCCGCAAGGAGGAAGAGGCCAGGGCCAAGGGGGCCAGACCUCAGGGAGUCGAUUUCAGGGCGAUCAGGGGGUUGGCGGCAGCGGAGGAAACCGCCAAGCGGGAGAGGGCGGCGUACACUCUGUCGAGUCCUGCGAUACCUCAACUCCAGUAGCGAGAGGGGCGAACCGCGACGGAGAUGUCGGGAAGCCCACUACUGAGGAGGGCGCAGGUGUACACUGCACCGUGGCGAGGAGGCGCCUCGGGGACGUGAGGCGCCGGGGGAGGACUGAGCACGACGCUGACGAGAAAGGUCCUGGAGAAAGGGGCGCAGCUGACUGUGCGCCCGGGCCGCAUAAGGGGGCGGCGGUGGCAACAGCGGCAGGCUGCGAGGGUGCUGCGGUAGAAGAGGUCGCAGCAACUGCGGGAGUAGGAAGGAGAGACGUCGAGGAGUGGGGCUUCGAACGGAGGAGCAGCCAGGUGCGUCUCACCGCUGCCAUUGUUUCUUCCAAGGACCGCGCUUCUUUGUGCGCCGUGAAGCUUGUUGAGGGGGAGUGCAGGCAGAGGUCGAGGGCAAUGGCGCGUCCGGUGGUUCUUGCGGCCGUUCUUCUGAUGAUCGCUGCUGCAGUUCAGGCAAGCGCGCAGACUCCAACUGAGGUGACUAUCGGUUAUGUCACCUACGCAGGCUCCGGCUGCAGUUACAACAACACCAACUACGUGCUGUCGAACGACUACAAGACGGUCACCUUCAUGUUCGGCGGGAUGGUUGCGACCACGGACGGGUCGCUCGCCGASAAGAGGAAGUCUUGCCAGAUGUCGUUCUCUAUGAACUACCCGGAUGGCUGGAGCGUCUCCAUUGGUCAGGCCACAGGCCGCGGGUACGCUAACAUCGCAAAGAACUCCGAGAGCAUCUAUGAGACGCACUACUACUUCUCCGGACAAACGGGUACGGCGAGUAUAGAGCGCAGAAUCAAAGGCCCAAUGGUUGGCAGCUUCGAGUUCACGGACGACUUCCUGACGCUUGUCUGGAGCGAGUGCAACAAUGCUCCCAACCUGAACAUCAAGACGGUGGUGAGAUUGGAGGGCAAGAAGGCUGUGAUGGCGGUCGACUCCGAGGAUACCGAGUUCCAGCUCAUCUACAAUCUUCGAUGGAGGCAGUGCCAGCAAAUUGAGUGCCCCGUUCACCAUUUUGCACUGAGGGUGGCGGGUGAGCGGGAGGAGAUAAAGAGCGGAGGGGUGGGAGAGGAGGGCAUGGAGUGCCCCAUCUCGGGUUUCGAGUACGCAGGUGAUGGCUGCCCGCCAGGGUCUGCGGAGGGGGCAGUAUCGGAUGACGGAGAAGUGAUCACUGUGAGGUUCAGCAAUUACACUGCGUCGACAGACGCUGGCUUGGACGGUCUGAGGAGGAAGUGCACGGUGACGGUCAAUCUGAGUUAUCCGCCAGGUUUCAUCUUCGGCUUGGGGAUGGUCACUAUGCGCGGAUACGCCAAGCUGGACGCGGGCGUGACCGGCGUCGCUCAGACCAGUCCCAAUAUGCYCUGGACACCAKGGACGGCUGGAGCCAAGCGCGUCAUCGCCGGCCCUUUCGAUGGUGACUUUGAGUUCACASACGAGUUCAGCGGGCAGGCGUACAGCGUGUGCAACGUCGUCAGARACCUCMACCUCAACUUCGAAGUGCGGCUGAAUCCUGGGAAUCCACYGAAAAGCGGCMUGAUGACCGUGGGCUCUCAGGGUCUCAASCUAACGCAGGAGUUCGCCAUCAGCUGGGCGUCGUGCUAAGCUCYGGGCRGCGAUCSAACAUCGUCAGCUUUCCAGCUUGCCACAAGUUGCCAGCGGCUAAGUUUGGCCAUAGGGCAUAUUCACACCAGGGACUUCCUUGGCGGAAUGUGCAUGCGGUGAUGGAGUCCCGGUGUGGAUAGGGCCCUCGAAUGGAUAGGCGAAGGAAUGCCGGGAGGACUCAGAAGUAUCCCCCCUCACAGGCCUGCCCGAGGGACUCCGGAGAAGAGCAUGAGGUUAUGGGGGACCAAGAGGGGGAAACAAGAGGUGACACUGGCUCCGCAGGAUGGCCAAUGGAGUCUGUGUGAAAUGACGAGGUUCCGUAGUGACUAUCUGUUUAUAUCAGGACAUCUCUUCGUAUCAAAACUCUCCGAUGAGUCCGAUUGCAUUUGUAAGUUUUUGUAUUACUGCAUUUGUAAGUUUUUGUAUUACUGCAUAGUCGUAGCUGUGGGAGGUAAUCAAGCAGUAGAAUGUCC